GAUGGAUGGAUGGAUGCAGAAGGGCGAAAGCGAAAGAAGCAGAGCACCUCUCUCUCUCUCACACACACACACACACACACACGUCUUUGUAUGCCUCUUGUCCUAUCCACCUCCUUCUUGCUCCUCUCUCGCCCAGCACACGCUGCGGAUGAAACAGCCAGCGUCGGUGUCAGGUCAAGACACGACAAGACACGAGAGCAGCUCCUGGCUGAACAUGCACAGCCCAAUGGCGGGGACGCUAACCAAUCCAACCUUAAGUCGAAACUCAAAAAACCAGGCGGACUGUGUGUGUGUGUGUGUUUGGUUUGUAUACUCUGUUGCGGUAUGCUGUGCGAUGUGGUGUCGAUGCAUGGUGUGCAUGGUGUGCAUUGUGUGCCUAUUAUGUGCAUAAAGCUGUGCGGUGCGGCGCGCUACAGCCCAUACUGCUCCAGCAUCCGCUGGAGGGCCUGCCUUGCCCUUCCGUCGUCCUCUUCAUCCACCCCGCUAUCUGCAUUCUCGGAUUCUUCCUCGCUGCCAGAGUACACCGCCUCAUCCUCGUCUUCAAUGCUACGCACAACAUCAUCCUCAACACCGCCCUCCUCUCUAUCCUCAACAAUGCCCUCCGCCUCGCUCUCGAUAUUCUCCUCCGCAUUAUCCCCAAUGUUACCUACACUACCAUCGUAGUCCAGCUCGUACAGAUCCUCCUCGAUCGCUCUAUCUUCUUCAGAAAUAGCUUGCUCUGCCGUCCGCUUUUUGCCUUUGCCGUCAAGCAGCCCCCUGACCUCAUCUGCAAUGUUGAUUGAAAAGUAAAGGUUAUGACAUGUUGACACAUUCAAGUCGAUCCACUGUUGCCCUCACUACUUCUGGUCUGGCAAAGACACAGCAC